CUGAUAUCUGCUGAUUCAUGAUUUCCGCGUUAGCUAAAGUAAUUUUUGUUUUCGAAACUGAUUCUCUUUUUCUUAUGCUUCGAAUUUCAUAACCUGGAAAAUGGAAGACGUAUUUGUAAAACCGGCUGACAGUGAAGUUGGAACACCGGCGUCAUCUCGUCCUACGACUGUGCAAUCAAUGCUAAGUUCUACAGAGAUUGAUAAAAUAGAGGAUCUUUAUACAAAAUAUAAGAAAUUACAGAAACAACUGGAAUUUUUGGGAGUUCAGGAAGAAUACAUUAAAGAUGAAAUGAAAAAUCUUCGAAAGGAGUAUUUGCACGCUCAAGAAGAAGUGAAGCGUAUCCAAAGUAUUCCUCUUGUGAUUGGUCAAUUCUUGGAAGCAGUGGACCAGAACAACGCUAUUGUUGGAUCUACCACUGGGUCAAAUUACUAUGUCAGGAUACUCAGCACAAUUGAUAGGGAACUUCUCAAACCGAAUGCAUCAGUUGCUCUUCAUAAACAUAGCAAUGCUUUAGUCGACGUUCUUCCUCCUGAAGCUGACAGCAGUAUUACUAUGCUUUCUGCAGAUGAAAAGCCAGAUGUUGCAUACUCUGACAUUGGAGGAAUGGAUAUUCAGAAACAGGAAGUCAGGGAGGCUGUGGAAUUGCCUUUGACACAUUUCGAGUUAUAUAAACAGAUUGGUAUUGACCCACCAAGAGGAGUUCUUAUGUUUGGGCCACCAGGAUGUGGCAAGACUAUGUUGGCUAAAGCUGUUGCACAUCACACAACAGCUGCUUUUAUACGAGUUGUGGGGUCCGAGUUCGUACAAAAAUAUCUCGGAGAAGGACCUAGAAUGGUUAGGGACGUUUUCAGACUUGCCAAAGAGAAUGCACCAGCGAUCAUAUUCAUUGAUGAGAUUGAUGCAAUUGCUACAAAAAGAUUUGAUGCACAGACUGGAGCUGAUCGUGAGGUCCAAAGAAUCUUGCUUGAACUUUUGAAUCAAAUGGACGGGUUUGAUCAGACAGUUAAUGUGAAGGUUAUUAUGGCAACCAAUCGAGCUGACACUCUUGAUCCAGCUUUGCUACGUCCUGGACGUCUGGAUCGUAAGAUUGAAUUCCCGAUUCCCGAUCGACGGCAAAAGCGAUUAAUUUUUUCAACAAUUACAGGACAAAUGAAUCUGAGUGAUGAAGUUGACUUAGAAGACUACGUGGCUCGACCAGAUAAAAUAUCAGGAGCGGAUAUCAAUUCUAUAUGUCAAGAAGCCGGCAUGAUGGCAGUUCGUGAAAAUCGAUACAUAGUUCUUGCUAAAGAUUUUGAAAAAGCCUACAAAAACCAAAUGAAAAAGGAUGAACAGGACCAUGAAUUCUACAAAUGAGAAGAAAAUAAAAACAUUUUUGGACUGGACUCUUUAUUUUAUUUAUAUUUUGACUAAAACUCGUCUGCUAUCUAAAUUCUUUUUGUGCAAAAUUAAGCGGCCAUGGAAUAAAUAUGCACUUUCAGCAACUAAAUUUUUCUAUACCUACACACAAGGUUUCGAAAUGGGUGAAUUUCCACAACCAAGUAUCACUUUGAUAAUAUGGCCGUUGUGAAAACAUUUUUUUUUCUAACAUUGCAAUAUAUAGAUGGUUAUGGCAGUUAUGGUUUUAGGUCGGCCUGAUCUUGGUAAAUUAUAAUGGUUCGUACAAUCAGGUUUACAGCCUCCUUUUUUCAACCAUUUCUGGCCUUUUGGUAACCCAAUUGGAAAUUUUAGUUGGUACUGAUGCCAUCAUAUGAAGGGAUUUGAUACCAGGGCUUCACCUAUGUCUGUUGGCCAGCUGGUGAUUUGCUUUGUUCCCAAUCACAAUAUUUUGCUGCUUUGGGGUCUUAAAUACAUGUUCAAUGAUGA